CCGUGACGAGGCAACGCGGAGCCGCCGCGGGCCGGGCCCAUCCCGCCGCAGCGGCUCCGGGGCCGAGCAGGGGCGAGGCGCGGAGGGAGCAGCGCCGAGCGGAUCGCGGAGCGCGGCCAGAAUGGUGCUGGAAGGAAACCCUGAAGUGGGGUCCCCCCGAACCUCAGACCUCCAGCACCCUGGGAACCAGGGCUCUUGCGUCCUCUCUUCUCCUGGUGAAGAUGCACAGCCAGGCGAGGAACCCAUCAAGUAUGGUGAACUCAUCGUCCUGGGAUGCUGUGAGGAAGGAGGUGAGGAAACCGAGGCUCAGAGAGGGGAAGUGACUGGUCCAAGGGCACACAGCUGCUACAAUGGAUGUCUGUCAAACGGGGACAAGGGCCGCCGGCGAAGUCGCCUGGCACUGAGCCGCCGGCCACAUGCCAACGGAGUGAAGCCAGACGUCAUGCACCAUAUCUCCACGCCACUCGUCUCCAAGGCACUGAGUAACCGGGGCCAGCACAGCAUCUCGUACACACUGUCCCGGAGCCAUUCGGUCAUAGUUGAGUACACACAUGACAGUGACACAGACAUGUUCCAGAUCGGCCGCUCCACAGAGAACAUGAUUGACUUUGUGGUAACAGACACAUCCCCUGGAGGAGGGGCGGCUGAAGGCCCCUCCGCCCAGAGCACCAUCUCCCGCUAUGCCUGCCGCAUCCUGUGCGACCGCCGGCCACCCUACACUGCCCGCAUCUAUGCCGCUGGCUUCGAUGCCUCCAGCAACAUCUUCCUUGGAGAGCGGGCAGCCAAAUGGCGGACCCCCGACGGCCUGAUGGACGGCUUAACCACCAAUGGGGUCCUGGUGAUGCACCCUGCGGGCGGCUUCUCCGAGGACUCGGCGCCAGGCGUCUGGCGAGAGAUCUCCGUCUGUGGGAACGUCUAUACUCUGAGGGACAGCCGCUCAGCACAGCAGCGGGGGAAGCUGGUGGAAAAUGAGUCCAACGUGCUGCAGGACGGCUCCCUCAUCGACCUGUGUGGGGCCACGCUGCUGUGGCGCACGCCAGCAGGGCUGCUGCGGGCACCGACGCUGAAGCAGCUGGAGGCCCAGCGGCAGGAGGCGAACGCAGCGCGGCCCCAGUGCCCAGUGGGCCUCAGCACUCUGGCCUUCCCCAGUCCCGCCCGUGGCCGCACAGCACCUGACAAGCAGCAGCCCUGGGUCUACGUUCGUUGCGGCCAUGUCCACGGCUACCAUGGCUGGGGCUGUCGGCGAGAGCGGGGCCCCCAGGAGCGCGAGUGUCCUCUCUGCCGUCUUGUGGGGCCCUACGUGCCCCUGUGGCUGGGCCAGGAGGCCGGCCUCUGCCUGGACCCCGGGCCGCCCAGCCAUGCCUUUGCACCCUGCGGCCACGUCUGCUCGGAGAAGACUGCCCGCUACUGGGCCCAGACACCGCUGCCUCACGGCACCCACGCUUUCCACGCCGCCUGCCCCUUCUGUGGGGCCUGGCUCACCGGCGAGCAUGGCUGCGUCCGCCUCAUUUUCCAGGGGCCAUUGGACUAGGCUCCCCAGGGCCCCCUGCUGCUGCACCCGCCUGCCCACCCAGGUCCCCCACCUCCUGCAGCCUAGAGGGAGCUCUGCAUGUGGGACUCUACCUUCUGGCAUGUAGCCACGCCAGAUGGACGCAUUGGAUGGGCUGUGCCCCUCCCCUUUUAACUCUGGCCCCUAAAGGUGUCUGCGAGACCCCUACCCCAGUCAGAAUGAUGGGGUCCUCAGCACCAGCUCUGUCCUGGCCUGACGGAGGGGAGCCCAGCCCCAUGCUCUGGACUUUCCUGGGGUGUCUCACAUCAUGCCGCUGACACUGUGCCCCUGGGGGAGUGAAGGAGCCCUGGGCCCCUGACCCCUAGUUUAGGCUGGCUGCGCCCUGAGCCUGCCGACCCAGUUUCAGAUAUUCACCCUGCUGCUGCCCUGAGGUCCUCUAUAAACCUUGCUGCUCAGCUGCCCUCGCCAAUCCCACAUGUCCCGCAUGUGUGCAGUGCCUCCAGCCCCUGAGUCAGUUACAGGUGGGUGGCAGGCUGGGACCAGCAUCCGCUUAUACCCUCUGUGGGCUGGACUCCAUGCCAAGCGGGCGCUGGGGACACGAAAACAAUCAGCCCCGGUUCCCUGCCUGGUAGAGUUCACAGCCUAGUGGACGACAGACCAAAUUACCAAAUGACAGUAUGACUUCCUGUGUGCCAGGAUCAGAGACAUUGCCAGGGGCUGCGGUGCGGGUCUCACUGGUAGGUGGGAAAAUGAGGAAGGGUUCAGGGGGGAGGCAGCACGGGAGCUCAGCUUCGGUGAAAUCCCCCACGGGAAGGGGAGGGCGCUGCGGGCAGAAGGGAGAGGCGGAGCACGGGCUCCGAGGUAAGUAAGCAGGGAACCGAGUGGGGUUCCGGUGGCUGGAGCAGGGGCGGCAGGAGGGCAGGAAGGCGGCUGGGGCAAGGGGCUGGGGCUGUGCUGGCAGAGAAGAUGCUGGAUGGAGGCUUCGGAACCUCAUUUGUGGACAGUCAGGAGCCGAGCGGGAAGAGAGGACUCGCAAUUCCAGAACUUUGGCUGUGAUACAAGGGCUACCAUUCCUGAACGCCCACUAUGUGCCCCACA